AUGAUUGGAACUGCCAAGAUCAACUUCUUCUACACUGUGCAAGGGAAAAGUGAACCACGUCUUACGCUCAACGUCCGCACUACGAAGGACGGACCGUGGAAGACUGUAUGGAAGCAGAGUGAACCAUCGCAGUUCUGGCACUUCGUGGCCGCUACGGUAGAGUUCAGCGAGACCGCUCCAUACCAGGUUGCUUUUAUUGGAGAGCACAAGACAUCUCGUCAGGAAGGCUAUAUUGCAAUCGACGAUGUCACAUUCGCGGAGACGUGCAAAACCUACGACAGAGAGCUGCCGCUAUCGCCAACACCAGCGUUACCAGCAUUUGCGUGUGGCGCGGGCGAGUUUCAAUGCGGCGAUAGGGAAGAGUGCAUUCCACUGACGCAAGUUUGUGACUUCAAGGAACACUGCUCAAACGGAGUGGACGAAGCGCGCUGCGGCGCCUGCGACUUCUCUGAGGACCUGUGUGGAAUGGAGAAUGAAUACCCCAAUGCACGCUUUGGUUGGAACUGGACGAUGGCACAGAGAGGCGAAAAGAACAAUGCUUUCCCGUCAACGGACAGCCGUCUUGACGAAGGAGGCGCCUACGCUGCCUACACACUUCUCAAUCCAGGUGAAGGUUAA